AUGACAGAUAAAUUUAAGGCAGAACGAGACAAUAUUCAAGUUUCCAUCAGAAUAAAGUAAGAAUCUGUUUAUUAAUUAUGCAAGACCUUUGAUAGAGGAUGGAAGGUCAUGUAUUAAGUUGGAUUCCAAUUUAAAAAAUACUAUAAUUAUUGAGGGCAAUCAGUAAUUAUAGUAGGAUUAGAAAUAUUUUUAUUUUGAUUACGUAGCAUAACAAGACUCAAGCUAAGAAGACAUAUUUAAUAUUGUAGGAAAAUAAUAAGCAAUUAAUUGUCUAGAUGGUUAUAAUGGAUGUGUGUUUGUAUAUGGGUAAACUGGAAGUGGAAAAACAUACACUAUGAUGGGUACAUAGAAGUAACCUGGCUUAUUGCCAAGAGUUAUUGAUUUUCUAUUUAAUUGCAUUCUGGAGGAUUCAUCAGAAAAUGUAGAAUAUUUAGUGAAAUGCAGUUAUUUGGAAAUAUAUAAUGAACAUAUAAUAGAUCUUUUAAAUCCUCAGUUGGGAAAUUUACAAUUAAGGGAAGAUCUUAAAAAAGGAGUUUAUGUGGAAUAGUUAAGUGAAGAAGUUUGUACAAAUGUGACUGAAUCAUUAGAAGUUCUAUAGAAAGGGAGUCUUAAUAGACAUAUAUCAUCAACUCAAAUGAAUAUAGAAUCUUCAAGAUCACAUAGUGUGUUCACCAUUUAACUUGAAUCAAGAAGAUAAUCAUCUCAGACUUAGGUUAUAAAUCAUAGAUUUUCAAGAUUUCACUUUGUAGAUCUUGCAGGUAGUGAAAGGUAGAAGCAAUCUUAAGUUCAAGGUGAAAGAUUGAGAGAAGGUUGCAAUAUAAAUAAGAGCUUACACAUUUUGGGUAAUGUAAUCAAUUCUCUGGUUGAGGACAAUCAAUCCUAUGUGCAUUAUAGAGAUUCCAAGUUAACAUUUCUACUCAAAGAUUCUUUGGGAGGUAACUCAAGAACUCAUCUGAUUGCUAAUAUUUAAUAAUCCUAACAAUUCUAUCAAGAAACCUUAUCAACUCUUAUGUUUUCUAAGAGAGUCAAAUAAGUGAAAAAUAAAGCUAGAAUCAAUGAAGAUGAAAGUGGCAAUUUAGAGAGUUUGAAAAAUGAAAUAAAAAGACUCAAAUAAGAACUUGCUAAAAGUGUUACUACUUAAUAAUAAAAAUGGGAAUCUCCAAAAAAGUUUGAAUAAAAACAGUAACAAUCUUAUAUUAAUGAAUAAUGUAUUAAAUUUAUAUUAUGAUUUAGUCUUACAAUCAUUAGAAUUGGAAAGUUUAAUGAUAAAUGAUUAAAAGUAUAUCAAACUUGAGGAAAUCUUAAAAUGUUAUUUGGAGCAAUCAACUGAAAGUGAAACUGCUUUAUUUUUAGAAAUUGAAAAAUAUUUAAAUGGAAUCAAAUAAUUAAAGGAAGGCUUUUAAUUAGGAUAAUAAUUAGAGUAACAGUUAAAAUUUGUUAUUAAAUUGUAAAAUGAAUAAAUAUAAAAAUUAAAAUUAAAUUAAUCAGCAGAUGACAUACAAUAAUAAAUUUAGUAAUAAUUAGCAUAUGCUUUGCAAUGUCAAGGUUUAGUUAUGAAAACAUUUUAUGAAAAUUUAAACUUAAAAGAGUAAUAAGGGGCUACAUAAACAGUAUCAAAAGUCUAAGUACAAGUUGAUACCAAUCUCAAUAUAUUAAAAGAUAUAGUUGAAACUGUUUAAGUAUUUAUUAUUGGUAUUUGAUAGAAUUCUCUAAAUGAAAGAAGAUAGUUUCAAUAACAAUUAGAUCUAUAAUUUAAUUCAUAAUAUGUCACAUUGGAUAAAUUUAAAGAAUUAGAAACCUAAUCAGAAUAUAAAGAGAAACUGUUAUCUGAAUAAACCCAAAAAUUGGUCUUAAUGGAAGAGUAAAUCAAUGUGAUUGAAAAACAAAUAUUACAUAAAUUAGAAGAAAAUGGCAUUACAAUUAAUGAAAAUGAUCAAGUUGUUGAUGUUAGAGAUUAGCAGAUAUAAGAUUUGAAAACUAGAAUUACUGAUCUUAAUAAAGAACUCAAAAAUUCAAAUUAAGAAUUAAAAGAAUUAUACAAAAACUCAGAAAAGAUUAUUUAAUAACUAAAGUUUGAAAAUCAAUAAAUUUUGACUUAAAAAUAAGAAAUAGAAAGUAAUUAUGUGCUUACUUAAACUAAUAUUACAGAAUUUUAAGAUAAUUCCAAAUCACAAAUUACUACUCUUGAAUAACAACUAAGUUAAUUACAAUAUUAAAAUUAAUUGUAAAUUAAUCGAUGUCAAUAGUUAAAUCAAAUAAAUGAAGAUUUAAAAUAAAAAAUUGUAAAUGAAGAACAUAAAAAUGAACAACUUACUUAAGAAUUAAUAUAAAACGAAAAAAAAUUAAAAUAACUAAAUCAAUUAAUUGUUGAUAACGAUAUUGAAUUUUAAGAAUUUAAAUAAUAACUAUAAUCUUAUGAAAAUAUUAUCACUUAAUUAGAAAAUAAUGUAAAUGAUUAAAAUAUUAAACUUCAAUUAAAUUAAUAAUCUAUUUCCUAAUUAGAGUUCGAAAAUGUAAAUUUAAAAUAAGAGUGUUCCAAAUAAUAAAAUUAAGUUUUACUUAUGUAAGAUUAAUUAUAAUUAUCAAUGUCUAAAUUAGAAAAUUCAGAAUAGGAGUUAUUCUCCUAAUUAUAAUAAACUUAAAGAGAUAACUAAAUUUUAUAAACUGAGAAUUCUCUCCUAUCAAAAGCAAAUUAAGAAAUGCAGUUAGAAAUGGAUGCUUUGAUUCAAGAAUUACACUCAAAAACUGAAGAUCUUUCAAAUGCUCAAAUUUAACUUUAAUAAACAUCACAAAAGUAGGAAAAAGAAAUAGCAAUCUAUCAAUAGCAAAUCUAAAUUGAACGUUCAACCUUAGAGAAAGAUUAUUAGGAGUAAAUUAAACAGUAGAAGAAUGUUUUUGAGCUGCUAUUUUCUUAGUUAAAUACAAAACAGAAUUGCGAGAUAAAUAAAUUGAAUCAAGAAGUAUUUUGUAUUUAUAAUUUAGAUUCUCUCCUUGAAUUGUAUAAUUAAGGAAAGAGAAACUUAUAACGCAGAAACAUAAUCUUAGUAAGAAUUUCAAACUCAUGUAAUUUUUUAGGCUUAUUUUUAGUUGUUAAAUUAAAAAAUACAAAAUGAGACAUAAAGAGCUCUACAUUUACAAAGCAUACUUGAAAGAUAGAAAAAUGAGUUUGAAGAAAUUCAAAAAGAGUAAAAGUCCAGCAUAGACUUAUUGUAAAAGCAAUUAGAAAGUAAGCAGGCUGUAAUUCAAGAAACAUCGGAUCAUUAUAAUCAAGUUCAUGAACUCUACCUCUCUUUGUAGGCUAGGAUGGAACAAAAGGACUAAGUUAAUUCCGAAUUGAAACGAGAUAUGCUGUAAAAUAAGUCCAAAUUAGAGAGUUAGACAAAAGAAAUACAACAGUUACAAUAAAAAAUAAACUCAAUAGAAAAUGAGAAUUUACAAAGUAGGAAUACAAUGGAAAUUUAAUAAUAAGGUAAAUUGCAAGAUAUGACAUAAAAAUUAUAAAUAAAAAUGAGAACAAUAGAAUAAUUGACUAUUGAAAAAAUUAAUCUGAAUGAUAAAAUUAAGGAAAUUGAAUGUGAAUCCAAUAAAUUUAAAUAAACUAUAUGUCAAUUAGAACAAUAAUAGCACGAAUCAUAAAAUGAAAAUAACUAUUUAUAAACUCAAGUUUAAUGUUUGAAUAAUAAGCUAAUUGAGAAAGAAUAAGAAAUUGAGUUUUUGCAAUAAGAAAUAAGUAAAUAAAAUUAGAUUCUUGAUAAGAGCUCUGAAAUUUGGAAAAAAGAAACAGAUUAAAUGGAAAUAGAUAACAACAUAUUAAAAAUCUAAAUAAAUGAUAAAUAAAAAGAUAUUCACAAACUCGAAUAAAAAUUGAAUGUUACUUUUAAUGAUUUACAAUUAAGAGAACAGUAAAUAGAUCAAUUAAAGUUAUAAUUAAAUCAUCUCAAUGCUAAUUUAUAACAAUAGUUAGACCUUACGACUAAAGAUAACUUAUUAUUGAAAAAAGAAAUAUAAUAAUUGAAUCAACAUAUUGAAUCAUAACAUGAGGAAAUAGAUUAGAUGAGAAUGGAGUUGGAUUAAAAAUAAACUCAAGUUGAUGAAAGUAAAUCUGCUGUUAAAAAGUUAACUAAAUAACUUGAAUUAGAAAUUAAAUAAUAUUCUCUACAUCUAAAAAAGAGUGAAGAUUAACAUAAAAAAGAAGUUUAAGAGUUGGUAGAUCAAUUAGACAUUCAUCAAAAGCAAUUAUAAUAAAAGGAUUUGAUUAUUGAAUAAUUAAAUAAAUAAGUAAAUGGAUUAUAGUGCGCAUUUGAAACUAAAGAAGAAUUAAAUCAUUAAACUCAAAAGGAUAUCUAAUAAUUAAAGGAUAAAUUAAAAUCUGACUAAAAUAAAUUUACUGUAAAUAUAUAUAUUGAUUAAUAGAAAAUUAUUUAAGGUCUUGAGAAUGCCAACAAUCAAUUGAAAAGCUAAUUAGAAGAAAAUAGUCAUUAAAUCCAAGAAAAUGCUCAUAAAUAUUAAUCAGUCUAGAAGUAAAAUGAUUAAUAAAGCAUUUAAUUUAAUGAAUAAUAAGAAAAAUAUAAUCUCUUAAAAGAACAAUUUACUAGAUUAGAAUCUUAAAUGAAAUAAGAAUCAUAAAUAAGAGAACAAUAUAGUCAUAUUGCUGAUAAAGUUACAAAAGAAAACAAUGAAUUAAAAUAGAAGAUUGACAAAAAAUAAUAAGUAUAAAUUGUUAUUAAUUAAAGAUUAUAGUAUAAUUAGAGACAGCACUCUUGUAAAAUGAAGAAACAUUAAAGAACGUUCAUGAUCGAGCUAAGGAAUUUUGUAAAUAAUAAGAAAAGGAAAUUAAUGAUAUUAAGGAUCAAUACCUAAAGUUAGAGGCGGAACACAAUGCAAUAUUAGUAAUUUUACUGUAUUAUAUUUAAAGUCUUAAAAUCAAGAAAGAGAAGAUGAAAAUGAACAAAUGAAAGAUUAGAAGGAUUAAGCAUUAAGAUAAAUGCAUACUUUAGAGGAUGAGAUUGGAAAGUUAAAGAAAGAAUUAUAAGAAUAACAUGAAAAGUUAACCAAAUCAAAUAAUGAGAGAUCUAUGUUGUAUAAAUAAAUAGAAGAAAUGUAAAAAGAUAUUGCCUAACUUGGAGGUCAUAAUAACCCAUCAUAAAAAAUAAGAUAUUUAAAUACAAUAAAAUAAGAAAAUUCUUGUUUGAAAUAAGAAAAACUAUACUUAUCAGAAUAAUUGCAAAAAGAAAUAGAAGAAAAAAAUAAAUUAUUAUAGUAAUAAUAAUAGAAUAGAAAAAACACUGACUCAGAUAUUUAGUCAUCUAAAUUAGAUCUGGUAUGUAUGAUGUUUAAUUUUAUAGUAAAAAUUGAUGGUUGAAAAUUAGAGACUCAAUAAUGAGAUGACUAAACUUAACUAAAUUUUAAAUUUAAGUGGGGUUAAAAAUAGAUUUUCUAUAAAGGGUAGUGAUGGAGACAAGAUCAUCUAAUCUGUAUAAUUACUUAUUUAAGAAUUAAUUGUAAGAAUCAUGUAUAAUGACUAGGAUUGCAAAUAAGAAAUUUAAUAGAGGAAUAAAGAUUAAGAAGGAAAAAAUCUUAAAUAUUAAACCAUGGAAAAAGAUUUACUAGUUAUGAAAUAAAAAUUCUAUGCUGUUUAAAAGGAUAAUCCUUAAAGUUAAACUAAAGCAUAAAGUCCUGCUGUAUAACAUGAUGUAUUAAGAGACAAUAAUAGAAUGAAUAUGAAUUCAAGCAGUGUAUAAAGAUAAUCAAAACCAAAAACUUAAUAGACUUUCCAAUUUUAGUGA